UCAGUUUGUCUGUUAUAUUUGUGUAAAUUAACCUUUAUACAAUGUCAGUUGCUAUCUAAUUAUGUUUUCCCAUAUUCUAUUUAUUCAGCAUUGACAUUCAGUUCAUUUUAAACUUUUGACCAACCCUGUCCAGUUUUUAUUACUUGAUUAUUUAAUAAAGUCUAUGACAAAACAUAUUGGAUGUUUUAAAAUACUAUUUUGUUAUCAAUAUUUAUAUACUAUAUUGUAUGUCUGCAGAAAGAUUAUAUUUAUAUUUAUCUUUUGUUACUUGAUUUAUUUUAUUAUAUUUGAAAUUCAUAAUUUAUUUUUCAUUUAUAUGUUUGUGAUCAUUGUCAGCAUUUGCAUAAGGGAUGUAUUUUGUCAGAUCUGAACGGUUUGUCAUAUCACUCAGUCUGGCAGAUAUCUGGCUCAGAUAAUUUUCAUUUUUGGCAGUUCAUUUUUAUUUGAUUCAUAUAUUUAUUACUUGCAUCAUCUAUGUAUUUGACCCAUUUGGGUAUAAAUAUGUCUUUGUCUUUGCUUUUGUAUACUUGUGAUAUCAUAUUUUAUAAAGUAUUUGUUUGAGUUACUCCUUAAUCAGAUGGAUCCAUCUUUUGAUAUGUUGUGUGAUGUUGUUCCUGGAAGAGAAUCAUGGAGGGUUAAGGUUCGGGUUAUUCGUGUUUGGGAAGUUCCUAAUUUCUUGAAUCAUGACCAGACUAAUUCUAUUGAAAUGGUCUUGAUUGAUGAAAAGGGAGGAAAGAUUCAUGCGACUAUUAGGAAACAACUGCUGUAUCUUUUUAAGCUUAAGAUUAUGGAGGGUCAGACUUAUAAACUUUCAUACUUGGCUGUUGCACCCAGCAGUGGUAGCUAUCGUACCACUCUGCAUCCAUACAAGUUUUUUUUCCAGAUGAAAACCAAAGUCCAAAUCUGUGAGGGUGAUUCCAUACCAAAGUUUGGGUUGUCUUUUAGCAAUAUCUCCGAUGUUUUAUCCCAUACGGUUGAUUAUGAUUACUUGGUUGAUGUGCUGGGUAUAAUGACUGGUAUAUCUGUUGAGAGAGAAUACAUUAAAGAUGGAAGGGUUACAAAAAUGAUAGUCAUGGAAUUGACUGAUAAGAGUGGAAAAUGUGAAGUUGCAUUGUUUGGAGAUUAUGUUGAUAUUCUUCAGAAGAAAAUGGAGAAUACUUCCGAAGGAUUGCCGGUUGUAGCUGUCCAGUUUGCGAAGCUGAAGAUUUUUAGAGAUAAAGUUUCUCUACAAAAUGUCAUGAAUACUACUCAGAUUUUCAUUAAUCCUGAUAUUCCAGAGGCUGUCGAAUUAAAAAUUGGGGAUAUUUCUUCUGGGCUUGACCAAACCGGGGUUGUUCCUGUACUUGGUCCUCGGGCCAAACCUACUUUUGAAGAAGAUUUUAUACGUGAUAAUCCAAAAAGCACUAUCUCAAGUCUGUUGGGUUCAUCUGAAGAUGGUAUAUAUGUUGUGCUGGGUAUAAUCAGUGAUUUGGUUGAAGGGCAGGACUGGUGGUAUCCUGCCUGUCGUUGUCAUAGAAUUGUCAGUGCUGAUUCUGGUGCCUAUUAUUGUAAAGGGUGUGUAAAGCAUGUCUUUCAUAUGGUGCCUAGGUUUAAAGUCAAGUUUCGUGUUCGCGAUGCUACUGGUGAUGCUAUUUUUGUUGUUUUCGAUUCGGAUAUGUUCAACCUUAUUGGAAAACAGUGUAGUGAUCUGGUUUCUGCUGGAAAGGCUGAAAAUGCUGGUUUCUAUCCAAGUGAACUGAAGGAUUUGGUUGGUACUAAACUGCUUUUCAAGGUUGAGAAAUCUUCCUCAACCCAUGUUUUAUUUGAUGGUUCAUUUAGGGUCAAGCGAAUUUGCAAUGAUGCAUCCGUUAUGCAAAUUUUCAAUCCUUCUCUGCUGCAAGUUUCUACCAAAGAGAUUGAUAAUAAAUCUCCUGAAACUGGUGGGUUAAUUGAUGAUGUUGACGAUGAGGUUGUUGAAGAAGAGAUUGUUGAAGAAACUCAGUUAGAUGGAUUUGUCUCUGAUCUUUUGGUUACUCCUGAAACUGCUUUGGCUCCUCCUACUAAAGUGUUUGCUGGUGGUAGUUCUAAGAGGAAUUUGUCCAAGGCUUUUGAAGAAUCUGAUGUUCUAUAUCCUAAAGUUACAUUGAAAUCUGUUAAGAUUGAAAAAGAGUAG